GAUGCACUUGGCAGGCCUAUCUAUUUAACUCUAAAAACUCAAAUUAGUUUGGACGUCAUCCUAAAAUCGAUCAUGCACACUUUCUAGGGCGACCUGAGAGUAUAUUUUAUCAUCAGACUAAAAACUAGUUUUAAAUGGCUCUGCCCUCCACAUUACUAACUCACUGCAGCGUGUUCCUGGUGUAAAAGAAGUCGGAGCAGGUAAGGCGUGCUUUGUGUGAUAUUUUAGUCUGCCAGGGAUGAAUGCAGACGUCCCCUUCUCUAAACUAUUCUCUUUUCAGAGCCGGCAGCCCCUUGCUGAGUUGGUCGCAAUCAUUGUUUCUCUGCAGCAUUAACCACAUUCCACAGAGGCGCAGCGCAUCCCGUCUUCAUCCCCGCAUUCCUUUUACGCAAACGAGUCCCUUGUGUAAAACGGUAUUUUAUUUAGGUUUUAGCACGCUCGGUGAGCUCAGAUUUAUAUACAACGGAUAUUUGUGGCGUAUCAGAUUAUUCAGCCUACUUUAAUUUCUGCCACAGUGGCCGUAAGCGAAACUAGAGGAAAAACCAACAAGGGGAAAUUCCUCCGCGCAGCGCGCCAUUGACUGUAAAGACCUUUCAACUUAACAAAAACUGAAGUUGACAAACGUAUCCCUGUCGGCUGAAACUGUGAGAAAGAGUUUGUUUUUUCGGUGAAGGGGGCGAAGCAGGAGAAGACGAUGCGGCACACGGUGGAGCUUUCUGAGUACGUCGGUGGUUUUGUGUAAAUGAGCGACGGCUGUACCGCGGCGUUUUGUUUUGAUUUCCAUGUGAAAUGCAAUUAGUGCUCCGCGGUGCUCGCUAGUUUGGCUCGCGGAGCGGAGCACACUCUGAACUUGUUUCUCGCCUCGGGAACACAACAUGGAGCACUAUCAGGAAGACUUGGGACUCCGGGCCAGUAAACUGAUGGAGGACCUUUCCCUGUACGAUGCGUACAAAGACGGGAUGUACAACGCGAGGAGAGACUUGGUGAUUAACCCCGAUUUGGACUUUUCGGCUCCGGCUGUAGCGGAGCAUAAAAGUAAGCCAAUGAAUGGUACCUCUGUGCUUCACCAGCAGCAUCACACAGUGGAGAAUUUCACGUCUGGGAAUAAAGUGUACAACGCGGCUCCGGUGCGCCCCGUGAACUGCAACCGGACCGUUCCUGUGGAUUUUUGUGCUCCUCAAAGAGACGCGGUUUAUAGUGAGGAGGGCUGCUGCACCAAAUCCGAGGUGGCUCUGCCGUGCUACACGGGCGCUUCCGAGAGGCACAGGAGGUACUCUCUGGAGGUGCAGGGCCACAGGUACAGCACCGGCUCCACCUUCGACGGCGUGCCUCUCAACAAACCGGUGGCUCUGCCCGGCAACAGGUGCAACAGUGUCUGCAUCACCAGCAGCCACGACGGGAGGUAUAACGCCACCAGUCCCCGGUCCAGCCUCGCGUCUUCCCUGUCCUCCCAGGAGCAGAGCAAGCAUGCCAGCCCGAGGUCGAGCAUCAGCAGCCCGCGAACUAGUUUGGUGGUACCGGGUCAGGACAGGUACACGAGUCCCAGGUCUAGUUUAAUUCACUGUGAGGGCAACAGUGUCCUCAGUCCCAGAUCCAGCUAUGCAAGCACCGCCAGCGACACGAGUAAACACUCCAGCCCCCGGGCCAGCCUCAACAGCUGUGACUGCUGCAGUAAGCCCAGCAGCAACCGCACCAGCGGCAUCAGUAUGGGCUACGACCAGAGGCACGCCAGCCCCAGGUCGAGCACGGCGAGCCAGUACUCCUUCACCACCAGCCCGAGGUCCAGUUACUCGGACUCACGGUACGGGCCCGUGGUCAACCAUGACCUGGAGGGGGCGAUUCUGCACGCAGCGCCGCUGGCGAGUCCUCGCUCGAGCAUCUGCAGCCAGGACGGGAGCGCAAGACCGGGGACCACGGCCAACUGCGUGGUCAGUCCCCGGUCCAGCAUCUCCAGUCACAGCUCCAGAAGUUCCCGCAGCUCUAGGGGGUCUAUGAGCACCUACCCGGACCUGCAGCUGCCCUCGCCCAGGUCGUCGAUGCUGGGCAGCAGUUUACACGAGGACACGCUGCUGCAGGAGUUCGGAGACUCCAACGGGAUCCAGAGUCGCAUCCAUCUCCAGGGACUCUCGGCGGUGCCAGAGCCCCAGCAGCAGUCAGCCCAGACGGGAGGGACUGCGGAGAUGACCGCGGGCUCGCCAUCAUCAUUUAGUUAUGGGAUGUCUUCUAAAACGGCUUCCUCGAGCCAGAGGUUCAAGCUGCCUUACCAGGUGACCCCCAGCCGAGAGAGUGGGCCAAGCCAGGCGGAGAGACGGCUGGAGGCGCUCACCUUGGAGCUGGAAAAGGAGUUAGAGAUGCACAUGAAAAAGGAAUACUUUGGUAUCUGCGUCAAAUGUGGGAAGGGUGUAUAUGGAGCCAGCCAAGCCUGCCAGGCCAUGGGCAACCUUUAUCACACAAACUGCUUCACCUGCUGCUCCUGUGGGCGGAGGCUGCGAGGGAAAGCGUUCUACAACGUCAACGGGAAGGUCUAUUGUGAGGAGGAUUUCCUGUACUCUGGUUUCCAGCAGACAGCUGAGAAGUGCUUCGUGUGUGGGCACCUCAUCAUGGAGAUGAUCCUCCAGGCGCUAGGCAAGUCAUACCAUCCUGGCUGUUUCCGCUGCGUGGUGUGUAAAGAGGGUCUAGAUGGAGUGCCUUUCACUGUGGACGUUGGGAACAACAUCUACUGUGUCAAAGACUACCACACGGUUUUUGCUCCAAAGUGUGCCUCUUGCAACCAGCCCAUCCUUCCAGCCCAGGGCUCUGAGGAAACUAUCCGGGUAGUUUCCAUGGACAAGGACUACCAUGUGGAGUGUUACCACUGUGAGGACUGUGGUCUCCAGCUAAACGACGAAGAGGGCCACCGCUGUUAUCCACUGGAAGGCCACCUGCUCUGCCACAGCUGCCACAUCCACCGGCUCCAGUUGCAGGUCCCUGCCCACCUGCCCCCCAGCUACCCCCUCCAUGUCACAGAGCUGUGAGGUGGGAGUAGGGUGGACAGCAACCAAGCUCCGCCUCCCGGGUGACCUGAGACACCAGCAGCAGGAAAAAAAAAAAAAAAAAAAGGCCCGCGCCCCCUCCAGCAGUUCCAGGGAAGCCCUUGAGCAACUGCCUCUGUCCUCAACUGGACGGCCGGGCUGUGGACCAACACACACAGUGCAGCUCCCACCACAAGCCCUGCUGUCACAUGACAGGGCUGGGAAAAAGGGUCCCCCUCCUCCUCCAUCCGUGGUCCCUUUCUCCCCCCCUCCCCCAUCCUUCCCCUGGGGUGCCUAAACCCUGAAAGGCAACACGCUGGCUCACCCAGAGGCCCCCAGUGACGUCACACCUCCUGACCCCUGCACAUUCAUCAAAGAGAGAGCUUCUAGAUUGGAGCGCGCAAACUCGUCUCUCUCCUUGCUUCCCGCCCUUCCUUUCCAUGUUUUUCAUUCUUGUGCGCUGACUGAAGCGGUUUACCGCAGCGGAUUCACCGGUGCUGUCACGUCUACAGAGUGCUGCCGAUGACGGUGUCGGGGAGGCCAGGGAACGAGCCACUACAUUCCGGUGCUGGCUGGACCGGACAGACCCCAGGGUGGGCGUGCUGUGCCUUCAGAGCGGGCUCUCUCCGUGCAGCUUCUAACACUAAAAUGGAGUCCUGCUAAAGGCUAUGCAAAGGACACCCAGCAUCACGACACAGGGCUGUGAGGAAAAACUAUGAACUCAUCGCUCCUGACCCUGCACCGCCCCGAAAUAACAGAUGCACCGUAGCACCACAAGCCCAGAGAACCGACUGACAUUCCACUUAGAAGUCUUAGAAGAGACCUCGAGAGAUUCACAAGCAGUGUCUUAAUUAAUGAUUAUAUUAUGACAGAAAAAGAAAAUUUUAGAUGCACAUAGAUUGUCUUUUAUAUAUGAAUAUAUAUUUUGCAGAUGUUUUCCACAUAAGAACAUAGAUGUAGAUUUUGUUUUUCUGUUGCUGCGCUCGCGAUAGAUUCAGAGGUGAAACACGCUGUCUGUCACGCAGUCUGAAGCUUCUGAAGAGUUUGGGUCUGUUGUAUCAUUUCUGUUUGAGGACACAGAGCCUCUUCAUGUCUGUCAGUGGGUCCCAGAUCCACAGGCUAUGUAGGAGCAGACCUGGCUCAAAUAGAAAUUGCCUUCAGUUUUAUUCCACUCUGAGUACCAAAUUUUUCAUGUCUAAAUCAAGUUUUUGGCAACAAAUGUGUUCCUUUUAGACUGCAUGUAGACAGCUGUAACACACUCUACAAGUCAGACAUUUCUGAAGACCCUUAAAUUUCACCGCCUGAGGCAGUUCGUUACUAAAGUUACGAGUUACUAUUUAGCUGAGCUGGUCAACCUCUCCAGUACAUUCAUUCAUUCAUUCAUUCAUUCAUUCAAUGAAGUUCUUUGUAACCCAGGUCCUACAAAACAUAACAAUGUAUGCAUGUCCCUUAGCACUGACACUUUUUCUGACCUUCGCUCCAGGUUGCUCCUAUUUUUACCAAGUUAACACAGAGCUGUAAGAUUAGGAUUUAAACUUAAUCUUCAAAGCUGAGAGCUUAGCUAGAAAUUGGUAUUUAAAUGCUAAGAUUUAGGCCCCUUGGUAGAACACUAAAAGACACUCAGCAGUCAUCAUAGAAAUCAAAUAAAGCGAACUGUAAAGAUUAGAAGUAUUAUUGAGCUCUGUUGGUAAAAAAAACAAAAACGAAAGAACUCUGAUUGGAAAAGAUUUGUCCAAACGUCAUUAUGUAACAAAUGAUAUAGAGUGCUAGUUGUGUGCACCAGGAGCCUCAACAGAGAUCAAAAUCAGGACUAAAAAUCAUUAAUGAACGUAUAUCUAUUCUUUAUUUAUACUACCAAAAGUUUUCUGUCACUGACACUGUAAAUGUGGCAUCUGGCCCGUCUGGUACUCAAAGAAGGAAUCAAAACAAUUUGAGUGAUACCUUUUGCACCAGGUCUGUUCAGGACACUGUUUCCUGGUAUGUUUUCCCAGACACUGUUUUUUUUGUCAUAUGAGCACUGAGAACCCAGUGCGUUACUAUGAGGAACCUCCACUUGUCCACAUGCCUUAAGACAGAACAGGUAUGUUUCUGUGUCCCACAGUCUGCUGUUGUGUUUUGGGAGGACGUCCCUGAGAACCCGGAGCUGCUGGUCCCCCCCGCGUUUUUAGGGGAGUCCCCCUCCCCACAUUUCCCUUGCUGGUUGUGUGCGUCUGUGUAUGUAUGUAUGUAUGUGUGUGUGUAUGUGUGUAUGUAUGUGUGUAUGUAUGUAUGUGUGUGUGUGGGCAGGCACUUGCAUGUAUGUAUUGCAGUGGGUCCUGCGUGUGUGUGUGUGUGUGUGUGUGUGUGUGUGUGUGUGUGUGUGUGUGUGUGUGUGUGUGUGUGUGUGUGUGUGUGUGUGUGUGUGUGUGUGUGUGUGUGUGUGUGUGUGUGUGUGUGUGUGUGUGUGUGUGUGUGUGUGUGUGUGUGUGUGUGUGUACCAAACAUAAACUGCAUAAAACUCUGAGCUAUGGGGGUGCUGGAAAAAUAGUCUCACCCCUUCCCACUUAGUUACGGUCACUGAUGAGUUUCUUUCAGAUUGGCACUCAAUAGGUCCUUCCCCUAUAAGAUAUUUUAGGCAACUUCUGUUUUUGAGGAAAACUCAGCUCACUCUUGCACCAAGCAAAAAUCUGAGCUGCUGCACAUUUAUGCAUUAAACCCCAACUAUGUGUGCUUAUUUCAAAUAUGAGCUAAUUGUGUGUGUGUGUGUGUGUGUGUGUGUGUGUGUGUGUGUGUGUGUGUGUGUGUGUGUGUGUGUGUGUGUGUGUGUGUGUGUGUGUGUGUGUGUGUGUGUGUGUGUGUGUGUGUGUGGGCUUGUGCUAGUGGCAGGGCCAUGGCACAAGCACCUCACCGUGUUUGCAGGGCAGCCAGCACAUUGACCCCUGCUCUCUCUGUUGAAACCCAGUGAUGAUUUUGAUGACUGCGUUCGUUCAUCACCUUCUUUCCAGAAGUUUUUGUCUAAUUCUUGGUGUGUAUGUUUGAACGUCUGUCUAGUACUAUGUUGGUAAGGUUUACACACGUUCCAGUAGCUGGUAUAUCAUUCUCUGACUGUGGCAAACUCCACCCAUCUGGUAUUAGAACAAGAAUAAAACAAUCACCAAGUAUUUUAUGCAAACACUGGCCCAGCUCUUAUUCAUACUGUAUUACUGUACACGCAGGUCUCAAUAAAUACUACUGAAUGUGUCAAAAACGGACUGAAGGCAGGGGUCACCACAGGCAGAAGGUGCUUUCUUAUGUAACCUGAUGUGAUGAGAUUCAUUCGAAUGUAAUAAUGAUUAGUGUUUCUAUAUUUGUAAAAGCAGAAAAGAAAAAGGACUGCAUAUGUGAGACAUUCCCCCCUUGUCAUUUGAUUAACCUCAGCUUUGUACAGGGGUCCUAGUCAAGUAAUGUGUGCCAUACUUGAAGAAUGAGGUUUUUUUUUGUUUACUCUGCACAAUAUCAACCCCCAAGAAAAACUUAACAACAUCAGAGUGUAUCCCCUUUUAAAGAUGUCUUAAUUCACCUGUUUUAAAAGUACUACUUCAGUUUCUAUUGCAUAGCACACAGCUAGUUACCCUGUACAUAAAGAGGCUAGUUUUUUAUUUUAUUUUUUUGUCAAAAAUCACUUGGAAAGAGAGGACUUCUUCUUCUCCUACUGGUAGUUCCAACAAGCACAUCUCGACACCUGUCACACAUCUUUUGUAUCGCUAAGUGUUUUGAUUACCUAGAUGGUUCAUAAAAAAAGGAAACUAGAUCUAUUUAUCUAAACAUGAAAAAAGUCUAAAGUUAUUUAAUGUAUUAAAAAUCGGGACGUAUCAUUUAACUGUAGAUGACAUAAUCUGCUUUUUCAAUAAAGUGGUUUUGUAGCUAACUGCAAAAAA